ACCAGUGUCAGUUCUGCUCCUGUCGGUUUAGCUGAAGAGGACGAAAGUGACCAACCAAUUCUUGAAAAAUGCGUGCCUUCCAAGUCGUGAUCUUCGUCGCGGUGUGCGGUGCAGCCAGCGCCGGGUAUAUCGCUCCCGGGUACAGUGGCUAUUCCGGGUACAGCGGAGGACUGGGUGGCUAUAACGCUGGCUACAGCGGUGGCUACGGAGGAUACGAUGGCGGAAAUCACGGAGACUAUUACGCCUACCCCAAGUAUGCCUUUGAUUACUCAGUGAAUGACCCUCAUACUGGCGAUCACAAAACACAAUGGGAGAGCCGGGAUGGUGACGUUGUAAAAGGUGCUUAUUCUCUUGCUGAGCCUGAUGGCACUACUCGCAUUGUUGAAUAUACUGCUGAUAAACACAAUGGCUUCAAUGCAGUCGUAAAACGCAUUGGUCAAGCUCACCAUCCCCAGGUCUACGGAGGACACUACGACGGAGCUGGUUACUACGGUUAUCACUAGAUGGCGCUGUAAUAAAAAAAUCAUAAAAUAGUUACAGCUCUGAACGAUAGAUGACACUGCAUUCAGUAAUUAUUAAUUUGAAAGGACGGUGUCAAACUGUGAUAUUUAUGUUUCGAUAAUAGAAUGUUAAAAUAUAAUUUAUGUGUAUUGUAUCUUG